AUGACGCUAGAGAAGAAACAAGAGGAAGCACACAUGAAAUUCAAAGUUGAGCUCGCGAACUCCUGGGUCAGUGAAGGAACUCGAAGAAGUGGAUAUUCUUCAAGAAUCUAUUGUACAAAAGCAAAAACGAAGGUAGAGGCAACAAAAAGAAGUUCUGGUCAUCGAUCACGUUCACUUGCUCAUCAUCUUCAAGGGACGAGAAGGAAAAAAAUCGCAAGGAAACGGAAACGGAAAUGCAAAAGUUCUAAUUUAAGCUCCUGUAUAGUAGAGACAGAAGCCUUUGUUCCAAUCACCAUUAAUGAUUUUGCUUCUUUAGCUAUGAAGAUAUUAUUAGCGAGUGGUGAUAGGGACAUUGUAGCACACAAGACCUUGCCGCUAAGAGUAUCAGAAACCUCAUCUUCAAAGCAAUCUGAUGAUGAAGGAUUAAUCUCACCACAUGAGUCCCAUUUUCAAUUCAACUUUCCAAAUUCUAAAACCAAAUCUCAACCCUUCCUUCCAUAUCAUGCUAGUACAAGCAAACAAGGUGAAAAUCAUCCAACAAUGUCCAAGUCAUCAAGCAAAAAUAAGACCUUAAGCGAUGAUCAUAAUAUCUCAUCCGCAGAAUUUUUUGAGGUCAAUCUUGUGAUGAGAAUGCUGCUGCAACUGAGCUGGGAAAUGGUGAAAGAAAUAACAGGUGGAUUCACAAGAAUGACAUGUUUUGAAGAGAAUGAGAAUUUUAAGACAUAUUGUAGGUAUUUGAAUGACCAUCAGUCCCAAGUUUUGGUAAGAAGAUUCAUUGGGCAGUUGGAUUGUGUUCUUAAAGCAGAAAAGAAAGCAGCUUUGUCUAUGCAUCAUAAGAAUAUAUUGGGGUUGAGUGGUUACUACAAGGGCAAAAAUGGUACAGUUCUUAUCUACCCUUUUACCCGAAGAUGGACACUGGAUAUAUUUCUCCAUGUUAAGUUUGUUGAUGACUUGAUCAUUGGCUUUAGUAUUGCUACAUGGUUGCAUCUAAAACAAGGGUUACCAAUUUCUAGUAACAGGUUCUGGCACACAGAUCCUUCAGACCUUGAAUCAUUGGCUUUACUAAAAUCCGAUAUCAUUCACUUUGGAAUUUUGCUCCUAAGGCUCUUUUGCAGAAGAUCUGCUCCACGGGAUGACAAAAUUUUUGUAGAUUGGGCUCGACUAUUGUUGCUACAAAGAGCAUUCCAUAAGUUGCUGGACGAAGACAUGGAAAACCUGGACGUGUAUGGAAUAUUUAGGGUGAUGUGUGUUGCAGCUCAGUGCAUAAAUUCUAAGCCUAUUUCAUGA